AUGGCGGGGCCGUCUGGGGCCGGGCCAGGGGUGGCUCCAGAUGGGCUGGAGGCUGUCCAGGACCGGAUGACCGCGGGGGCCGAGCCGGGGGCCGAGCCGGGGGCCUCCGAGACCCAGACCCUGGGCGCACAGUCGGGCUACCGGGCCUACGCGCGCCGCUGGAUCUUCCUGCUGGUGGUCAGCCUGCUCAGCUGCUCCAAUGCAAUGCUGUGGCUCAGCUUUGCACCUGUCGCGGACACUGUUGCUGAGCACUUCUUCUUGUCCAUGGAACUGAUCAUAUCACUUGUCUACCUGGUGGUGUCCAUCCCAUUCGGCAUAGUGGCCAUCUGGGUGCUGGAUUCUGUUGGGCUUCACUGGGCGACCAUCUUGGGUGCAUGGCUGAACUUUGCUGGGAGUGUUCUGUGCACCCUGCCCUGUGUGGCUGUUGAGACCCUCCACCCAUUCACCUUCUUAAUGGGUGGCCAGAGCCUCUGUGCCCUGGCCCAGACCCUGGUCAUCUUCUCUCCAGCCAAGCUGGCUGCCUUGUGGUUCCCAGAACACCAGCGAGCCAUAGCCAACAUGAUUGCCACCAUGUCCAACACCCUGGGCAUCCUUGGGGCUAAUGUGCUAUCACCUGCAUUGGUCAGGAAGGGUGAGGACAUUCCCAUAAUGCUGGGCGUCUGUGCCAUCCCUGCUGGCCUUGCCUGCCUGCUGGCCACCACCUGCCUCUGGGAGAGCGUGCCCCCCACCCCACCCUCUACUGGGGCCGCCAGUUCCACCUCAGAAAAGUUCCUGGAUGGGCUCAAGCUGCUCCUGUGGAACAAGGCUUAUGUCCUCCUGGCAGUGUGCUUCGGAGGCAGAAUUGGGGUCUUCUCCAGCUUCAUGGCCCUCCUGGAGCAGAUCCUCUGUGCAAGUGGCUACUCCAGUGAGUUUUCAAGCCUCUGUGCAGCUCUAUUCAUCGUGUUUGGAAUUCUGGGGGCACUGGUUCUCGGCAUAUAUGUGGACCGGACCAAACGCUUCACCGAAGCCACCAAGAUUAGCUUCUGCUUGACCUCUGUGGCCUGUGUGGCGUUUGCCCUGGUGUCCCAGCUGCAGGGGCAGACCCUCGCCCUGGCUGCCAUCUGUGCACUACUCGGGCUCUUUGGCUGUUCAGUGGCACCUGUGGCCAUGGAGCUGGCAGUUGAAUGCUCCUUCCCUGUGGGGGAGGGUGCUGCUGCAGGCCUGAUCUUUGUGUUGGGGCAGGCAGAAGGCAUGCUUAUUAUGGUGGCACUGAUGGCACUAACCAUGUGCUGCCCAGAGUUGUCCUUCUCCACCUGCAAGCAUGGUGAGGACCCGCGUGACUGGGCAAGGUCCCUGUUGCUGCUGGCUGGCCUGUGCACCCUCUUCAGCUGUGUCUUGACACUCUUUUUCCACACCUCUUACCGGCGCCUUAAGGCCGAGUCUGGCAUGUCCCCCUCCACCCAGGAUCCAGUCAGUCUUCUGGCCCUGCCGCCCUCCUCCACGAGGCUAAGCCCCAGGGACGGACUUCUUGAGAAGGGGAGGUUAGAGAGGCAGGCAUGGACCACUUUGGCUGUGCUGGUGGCAGCUGAGAUCCCGCUGCAGGGACGCAGGGGCCUUGGGGCACCUAGGGCACGGCAGGAGGUCCCCUCGACCCCAGACCCUGUGGCUGUACCGAGAAGAGCUACUGCCCUGUGGACAAUGACCAGGCAGGACACCGACAGCCAGGACAGAUCUUCGCACCAGAAGCGGCACAAGAGCCGCGCGGCGAAGAGUGCGGCAUAG